CACAAAGCCAAGCACCCAUUGAGUAAAUUAUACUUAUGUCAGAAAUGACUCUAAAGAGCAGGCCUUUGUCAGAGAUACUGACGUCAUUGUCCUUUAAAGUCAUGUUGUUACCACAUUGAGUGCAAGUGAUGUGCAGGUGCACAAAGAUGGACCAUACUGCUUUUGCGGUCCAGACUUUAUUUUUUCUCUUUCUCAGCUUGACUUGCUUUGUGGCCGGAGAACCAGAUGCUGUCUCUUGUCCCGAAUACCAAGAGAGCUUUGAUGGCUCCUGCUAUGAGUUUGUGGGUCUGCAGCGUCCUUUCCUUGGUGCCCAGAAAUGGUGCGAGAGAGGAGGAGGACAUGUAGCCUUCAUCUUGAACAACGAGACGCAGAAGUUCCUUCAGACGCACCUCGAUCCAAAGAAGGACUGGUGGCUCGGACUGGCGCCUGCUGCGCCAAACCUAACUCUGGACACUGCUGCCACACAGGUUUCUCUGGCAUGGCUGAAUGGCUCAGAUGUCAGCUACAAUAACUGGGCAAGCAAGCCUGAUGCGCAAGCCACCUGUGGACAUAUCCUGAAAAAGUCAGGCUUCCGUUGGGCAGCGUCGGAGAAUUGUACUCAGGAACUUAGCUUCAUCUGCCAGUUUGAAUCUAGGAGAUCUUUUGCAUGUGAUGGCCAAAACGUCACAUUGCAGUGUGGCUCUGGUCAAGUCAUAGAGAUAGACCAUAGUUUCUAUGGUCGAAAAACAAUUCACUACUGCCGGACCAAACUCGCCACCACACCUCCACCUCUUCAGGAGCAGUGCACUUGGACAGAUGUAGCAGACUCUGUAAAAGGAAGUUGCCAUGGACUGCAGGCCUGCCAAGCACCAGCAGACGCCAAAUCUUACGGUGAACCCUGUCCUCUGUUAGGAAGUUACUUGUCUGUGGAAUACCGCUGCAAAGAUGGUCUCCACUUGCUGAUGAGUAAAUUGGCGGCAGUGUUUGAUAAUGUCACUCUCAAUAUCAAGUGGCUUCUUCAACCUUAUGAGGGUAACCUUACAUGCGCGCUGAAUGCUGGCGAUGGCUACACUAUUGAUUCCAUCACCCCAGAAGAAAUGGAAACCACAGUGAUGCACACGUUCAAAACGCCUGGACUUUUCGUGGUCACAGUAGAGUGUUCCACCAGCGACUGGCAUGUGACAGCUCAAAAAUCCAUAAGCAUUCAGGAGCCGGUGGGUCAAUUUGGAGAUAUCAAGUGCUAUAGCAUCAACACGUCAGAAGGUGGCACUAACUGCAGCCUGCUCUACAUCGGAGGGCCUGUUGAUGUUCAGGUCACAGUGGAGACCGGUACAAACGUUAGUUACGUACUCCAACAUAAGGACCUUUUACUUGCAAACGCCUCUGCUGACCGAGGGAUCACGCCCCACAACAUUACACUGAAUGCAAGUGCAGUGGAGCAGCUCGGGCAUGGCUGUAACAACCUGACUUUGAACGCCUCCAACAACGUCACGAGCCAAAUCGUGUCCACCCAAUUUGAACUGUGUUUGCUGGAACCUGUCGAGGGCCUGCAAGCCUCAGUGAUAGCAGAGGACGAUCGGUGUCCCGACUCCAGUGACCUCAUUAUUGGUGUCUCGCUGGAACGUGGAGCCCCUGUGCAGCUUCUCUUUACACUGACUGUCAAUAAUGUCACUCACUUGGAGACCAGAAACAUGCUCAAUGGAAGCUUACAAAUGUAUACCUUCGGCAGCCCGGUUGAAGGAUCAUUUCAAUUGAAUGUGCAAGCUGCGAAUGCUUUGUCAACCUCUGAUUUUAAUGUGAGCCUAGAGAGCAUAUUCCUGGCUUGCGAGAAUCACUCUGACUCUGAAAACAAGAUGACUGGCAAGUCUUAUGACUUGAAAGUAAUUUCCACUCCAGAGUCUGUAGUUGACUACACUCAGAAUGUCACCCUGAGCAUUAAUGGAAGUGUGUCAUUGCCCAGCAUAGGACUCGAAUUUAAGUGGAAAUGUAGAGGGGACUGCAAAUGCAAAAACCAAACAAAUGACACAACUCACAUGAUUGACAAGCAGUGCCUUCCGAAUCCAUUUGAGAUGGCCGUCUACACCGUGACUGUCAAGAAAACAGCCUGGUUUAGGAAAUGGGUCAAACUAGCUUCUGCUUCCAAGUGUAUCACUGUUGCUCAAGAGGAAUUAAAAAAUGUCUCCAUUAGUUGUGAUAAUUGCACUUCAAUUGAUGCGAACGACCCUGUAAAACUGAGGCUGAGCUGUGUAGCGAGUUGCCCAGAUGUGGACUGGUACAUGGAGGAUCUAAAACCAAUCAAGGAUGACCUCGAAACCUGUUACUCACAAGAAGGAAGAAGGCCGCUGAUGAAGAAGCAAGAAGGCAACUCAGAAUUUCUUGUAAACAGCAAAGAGCUGAAAUAUUCGAGGGACAAUUUGCUUAACAUCACCGUGAUUGUUCAAGGGAAAUCGGAGCAAGGUUAUGCCAGGUACACUCUACCCAUACCGGAUCCAGAACCAACUGUCACCCCCUCACACCCGACGUGCAGCAUCUUUCCAUUAUCAGGCACUGUACUGGACUCAUUCGAUAUCACCUGCCAAGCUAGUUCUUUCUGUUCUUCAGGCUGUCUUUAUUGCUUCAAGACAGACACAGGCAAACAUCUACGUUGCAAUAAUAAAGAAAUUGUGAAAUCUAUCUUACUGCCCGUUGGAGAUGAAAAGAACAACUACAAUUUGUCUAUUGUGAUAACUGUGAAAAAUGAAUAUACAGAAGUGACCACGAUGGUCCACACUCAGGUUCGGAAAAAUAACUCCAGUGGUUCCGUAGACACACUCCAGUCAGUUCUAGAAGAUACUGUCUCCCAGUUGGAACAAGAUGGUCUUCUCUCCGGUGAGGCCCUUAGCCAAAUCGUUACCUCUGUAGCAGAUAUGCUCAAUACCGAGGCCGAUGAGGAUCAGAAGGACGCAAGGACGAAGCUCAGAGAGCAGAUGCUGACCAAAAUGACAACGGUGCUGCUGGACUCCCGAUCAAACACCAGUUAUGAGGUUCAAGUGACAGCUAGAGCCGUAGCCGAACUUACGCAGCGAUCAGAUGAGCUCAGUCCAGCUGCCCAGGAAGAAGCAAGCUCACUCUUGGUUGACCUGAGCUCUUCCCUCAACAUUAUCAGUGUUAAUCAGGAUGGGAGUGGUGAUGAUGGAGAAGUUGUGGAUGGAGCUGCACCAAUAGUUGAAGCUGCCAGUAAUAUUUUGAAUGCUCCGUCCAACGAAAAAGUUUCCACUUCCCUUCUGACUGGGAUGGGUAACGUACAGAAUGCCUUGUUGAAUCAUAAAAAGUUGAAUGGAGAUCCUAUCAUCAUUGACUCUAAUCAGAUCAGUGUGUAUGUAAACAGAGUGUCUCCAGAAAGUAUGCAAAUGCAGGAUAUAAACAUCCAGAGGAGCAGCGCUUCUAGAUUUUCCUUUCCGACGCUCCCUUCUGAUGUUUUCUCACCAGAUGAACCUGUGGAUGUCAGAAUGAUGAGUUUUGAAAAGAACCCAUACUCUUGGAAAGGUGGAAACAUUUCAGGAACUGUGGGAUCUGUCACUCUCACAAGACCAAACGGCACUGUCAUCCCCAUUAAGAAUCUCCCUGAAGAGAUUGAGAUUCUCCUGCCCAGGCUGGACGUUGGGCUGGAGAACAGCACAGUUCUGGACCUGGCCAAUUUCAGCACAUUAAUAAUUGACGUUCCCUCGCCUGAUGUUACACUGGUGCUGAAAAUGGAGCCCUCUGAAAACAUUACUUUCGUCUUACUUCUGGGGCACAAGAAUUAUCCAACAAUUGAGCAUUAUGUGGCCAAAACUCAAAUGCCUCUCGAGAACGUCAAGGAAGAGGAAAAAUAUACCUGGGUCCUCAGUCCUAAAGACAGGACAGGAGAUGCUGGUGUGCACUUCCUCGUCUUGAAGCCCAAAGUCGAGCCAGGCGUCAAAUCAGUGAAUGCCACCGUCAGUAUCGUAACUAUCGCUGCCCAGUGCAAAUACUGGGAUGAAGAAGAGUCGUCUUGGAGUGAAGAUGGCUGCAGGGUUGGCCCACUCACGACACCUUUGCUUACUCAGUGUCUGUGUAAUCACUUAACUUUCUUUGGCAGCUCUUUCUUUGUCAUGCCAAACCUAGUGGACGUGUCACGUACCGCGGAGCUUUUCUCCACUUUCUUUAACAAUCCUGUGGUUGUGUGUUUUGUGGGGGCCAUUUUCGGCGCUUAUCUUCUCGUGGUUGUAUGGGCACGCAGAAAAGACAUCCAGGACUCAGCUAAGGUCAAGAUAACAGUGCUUGAAGAUAACGACCCUCUGGCAGAAUACUGCUACAUGCUGACAAUCGGCACAGGGCAUCGCCAUGGUGCGUCCACCUCCUCACAGGUGACAAUAACCCUGCUGGGAACAGAGGGGGAAAGUGAGCCCCACCACCUGACCGAUCUCGAGAAACCUCUGUUUGAAAGGGGCGCAGAGGACGUAUUUCUCUUGACCACGCACUUUUCCCUUGGAGAGCUGCAAAGCGUCAGGCUGUGGCACGACAACUCGGGCGCGCACCCUGCAUGGUAUGUCAACAAAGUAAUGGUGCAAGAUCUGGAGAGUGGCCAGAAGUGGCACUUUCUCUGUAAUUCCUGGCUUGCUGUGGACGUGGGAGAGUGCAACCUCGAUAAGGUUUUCCCAGUGGCCACUGAGGAGGAUCUGAAGAGAUUUAGCAAUCUGUUCUUCAUGAAGACAGCUAAGGAUUUCCGUGAUGGACACAUCUGGUUCUCGGUCAUCAGUCGACCACCAUGCAGCACCUUCACUCGUGUGCAGCGAGUGUCCUGCUGCUUUUCUUUGUUGCUCUGCACCAUGUUGACUAGCAUCAUGUUUUGGGGCAUCCCCACGGACCCCUCAGAGCAGACCAUGGACCUGGGUCACAUCGAAUUCACCUGGCAGCAGGUCAUGAUUGGAAUUCAAAGUUCGAUCAUCAUGUUUCCUAUCAAUCUCCUCAUUGUGAGCAUCUUCCGAAACACUCGGCCUCGAGAAAAAUCUCAGAAAUCGGACAAGACCAAGCAGGGGAAGACAGUUCGGGUAUCUCCCUCACAGACGUCUUCCCCUCAGAAAGAACAGAAGGACAUCACACCAGACACGGUGCUGAAGGAUAUAAAAAGAAUAGCCCAGUCACUUUCAAAGGCCAUGAAGAGUCCCCUUCCUUAUUUGGAGCUUCGACCUGGUCACCAGACUGAUAUCAACACCCUUUUGUCUCUGGUGGAAGACAUCAUCAGGCAGCAAAACCGAAUUUCCUCUGACUUUUACACAGAUACCGCCAAAAGAGAACGCUCCAUCCUCAGUUUAGGGGCAGUCGAUCUUCAAGAAAAGAGUGUUUGGGGCAGUCCAGAGAGGACCUCAGACGGGGUUCAGAAGAAGAGCAACAACAGCAGGUACCUAUACAGGCAGCUGCGUCAUGUUGAGAAGAAGCUGGGUUUCCUGGGAUCCUCUCGAUUCCAAAACCCAGACAGCUACAACAAAGCCAUGCAGCAAGUCCAGGGGAUGAAGAAUCUGCUCGAGUUUCACCUACCGUCACACAGCCUAGAUGGAGAACAAUCGGAGCGUAGUCCCAGUCCAGAAGAGAGUGCCAACAAGGGCACUGCCAAGAGAUGCUGCCAAGGUGGGCUGCCAUGGUGGUUUGUCUUUGUAGGUUGGAUAUUGGUAAUAGCAACCAGCGGUGUGUCUGGAUACUUUACCAUGAUGUAUGGACUGACCUAUGGGAAAGAUCGUUCUAUAAGCUGGCUGAUCUCCAUGGUGGUGUCCUUCUUUGAAAGUUUGUUCAUCACACAACCUCUGAAGGUUCUUGGCUUUGCUGCUUUCUUCGCUCUUGUUCUGAAGAAGGUGGAUCAGGAAGAAUACGGAGAGCCUCAGAUUGAUGAGAGCCUGAAGAAUUAUGAUGAUCCUGAUGGGGUGCGAGCAGCACGGAGAGACAGCACGUGCAGUUUCUACCAGCCGCCACCUCCAACGGACAUAGAGAAGAUGAGGAACAACAUGAUUAAAGAGCAGAAAGUCUUUGCUCUCAUCAGGGAGAUUCUGGCCUACAUGGGAUUCAUGUGGAUGUUGCUCCUGGUGGCGUAUGGACAAAGGGAUCCCAAUGCGUACUUCCUGACCCAGCACAUUCGCCAGAGCUUUAGCAAAGGCAUCUCUGACACGAUGAGAAUACAAGAUGUGUAUAACUGGGCAAACACAACUCUGCUCAGCAACUUGUUUGGAGAACACCCAGGUUUUAUCACAGAUGGUAACUCAAAGCUGGUGGGUAACGCUCGUCUCCGCCAGCUGAGGGUACAGAAAAACUCUUGCCGCGUGGCGCGACGCAUGCAACAUGCUGUGCAUGACUGCCACUCUCUGUACUCGUGGGAGUCCGAGGACAUGGGCUCCUACAGUCCAGGCUGGAGUUCCUCUGAGCCUGAUAAUACAUCAGUGAACCUCCCCAGUCCCUGGAAGUACCAAUCCCAGGGUAAAUUGAGGGCCUACCCCAUCUGGGGAAGCAUGAUCCUCUACAGGGGAGGAGGCUUUGUGGUGGAUCUCGGACCAGAUUUAGAAAACUCCAGCAGAUCUCUCCAGUACCUCUAUGAAAACCGCUGGUUGGAUGCACACACCCAAGCAAUCUUUGUUGAGUUCACCGUGUACAAUGCCAACGUCAACCUCUUCUGUAUUGUCACACUCAUGCUAGAGACCACAGCUCUAGGGGCUUUCCAGUUCCGUAGUGAGCUCCAGAAUGUUCGUCUCUACCAAUCGACGGGCGGCCUGCACAUUUUUGUCAUGGCCUCUGAAGCCAUCUACUUCCUCUUCAUUCUAUAUUACAUGUUUGUUCAGGCAAAGCUGAUGAAGCAACAGAGAUGGGCUUAUUUCAAGAGUAAAUUGAAUCUACUUGAGCUGGCGAUCAUACUUCUCAGUUGGAGCGCAUUGUCCGUCUUUAUCAAGAGGACUCUGCUGGGGAAGCGAGACAUGGAGUACUACCAGAAUCACAAAGACCAAUUUGCCAGUUUCCACGAGACAGCCAAGGCUGAUGCAGUCCUGGGCUAUCUGAUUGCCUUCCUGGUGCUGCUGGCCACAGUCAAGCUGUGGCACCUGCUGAGACUCAACCCUAAGCUGCACAUGAUCACAGCAACGCUCCAGCGAGCCUGGACUGAUAUCUCCGGCUUCCUGGUGGUCAUGACCAUCAUGUUUCUGGCCUACUCGAUUGCUUCCAAUCUGAUGUAUGGGUGGAAGCUGUACUCCUAUCGCACUCUAUUUGAUGCUGCUCAGACUAUGGUCAGCCUGCAGCUGGGCAUUUUUAACUAUGAUGAGAUUCUUAAUUACAACCCAAUCCUGGGUGCCUUCCUCAUCGGCUCCUGUAUCGUGUUUAUGACGUUUGUGGUGCUCAACCUCUUCAUCUCUGUCAUCCUUGUGGCCUUCAGUCAAGAACAGAUUCAUCACAAGCCAUCCGAGGAGGAAGAGAUUGUGGACAUGAUGAUGAUGAAACUUUGCAGUCUAUUUGGAAUCAAAUCCAAGACUAAGCAAGGUGACGAUGGCCAGACUGAGAAGGCCCAACUUACGUGUGCUUCGAAGAAUGAAAUCGCUACAAUUUCGCCAGGGCGUAUUGACAAGGACGCUUAUGUUCUACUUUAGUCAAAUUUAUUAUUCUACUCAAUAUGCUCGAACACCCUUUGUGCUUUGCCGCCGUUGUUGCUUUUCACGGUUUGCUUCAUUCUGUGCCACUGCGAUGUUGACUGCAUGUCAGGGCCCGUGUUAAGUGCAUUAUUUAUGAACUAGAUUCUUCAAAUAUGUCCAGAUAUUGAAGCACUGCUUUUAAGAUGUCACGGCUGUAUUUUUAAAGUCAAGUUUGGCAAUGAUUGUGACUCUCUUGUGUAGAGUAGUGUUUGCUUCAAGUGCAACAUCGGUGUGACCGCUGUUAUGAUAUUCUCUUAACUGUGAAAUGUGGCACUUCUUCAAGAAAAUGUAUUCGCCAAUAAUCGAAAAGCUUAAUUGUGCAACACAAAAAAAAAGCGGCUGCUUAAAAUAGAUUAAAACCUAUACAUUUAAGCAACUUAGCGUUUAUUUUAACGGUAUUAUGCUUGAAUUGUGCAUUCAAAUUAAUGUGUCAGGAUCUGGACAGAUACAACAUUAGUGAACGAA